AAUACGAUGUCCCAAUAAUAAUGCCUUUUUCUUCUGUCCCGACCCAAUCCGCGAAAUUGCAAAAUUAGGGUUCCGUCAGCCUUACGGGUUAAUUUUCAAACCCUAAGCCCUAAAUUGAUUAUUGAUUCAAUUGGAGAGAAGAAGAGUUUCGUGCUUCGUGGAGCCUAAUUUACCUAUUGGAUAUCCUUCCGUUUGAUUGAGAAAUAAUGCUCUACUCAUUUACUGGGAGCUAAUUGAUGGAUCCAGAUAUCAAGAAUUUUGGAAGAGGGCCACGAGAACUCACAGGUGCUCGCGAUCUUAUUAGUCACUUCAAGUUGUUGCCUCAUUACGAGUUCUUUGGUAAGAAGUCACUUCCGUUAUCAAUUUCCGAUACACAUUAUCUUCACAAUGUGGCUGGAGACACAGCAAUUAGGAAAGGUGAGGAGAUGCAGUUGGAUCAGCUCACACAGGAUGCUUCCUUUUCAAGAGAGACUAGUUCAUGCAUCCGGCCCUUUGAUUUAGAUGUCCUUAGAGAAGCCUUCCAACUACGUGAAACGGCUCCUGUCGAUUUGUCUCCGUCUGACAAAGGCAUCCCCACUAUAGCUGGAAAAUCUAAAAAUGAGAUGAAAGACCAGGAGAAGAAGCCCAAAAAGCACAAGGAUAAAGACAAGGAGAAGGACAAAGAGCAUAAGAAGCAUAAACAUCGUCAUAAAGAUAGGAGUAAAGACAAGGACAAAGAGAAAAAGAAAGAUAAAAGUGGCCGCCAUGAUCCUGGUGCCGAGCAUUCGAGGAAACAUGAGAAGAAAAGGAAGCAUGACGAGGAGGAUCUUAACGGUGUCCACAACUACAAGAAAAGCAAGCACAAGAGCUCAAAGAUUGAUGAGACUGGUGCAAUAAAGGUUGCCGGCUGAAAUGUGCAUGUGGUUCUAUAAUUGAUAUUGUCCUCAGAUUUUGCAAUUGAGAACUUGGAGGGUUCCUUUACUCGCAAUUGUGAAAUAUCAUUCAUGUCCUGAUAUAUCCCAUUAAUUGAGGAACUUUAUGGCAUGCACUGGUGUUGCCAUCUUUAUCUUUAUUUGAGUGAGACUGUUCCUUGGAAGUCAUGGCUGGCCAGAUGCGUCGAACGUUUUUGCGCAUUCAUGAGUGCAGUCUGGCGUUUUUGAUUUAUAUAAUUCAAUUUUUUUUCCUUUUCUGAAAUAACCACCUUGGAAAAAGUAGGCAUGCAUCUAGCCUGGUUUCGACAGUGAUAAAGGAGCAGUAUCUGCAUGGCUGACAAACAUUUUCCUGCAUGUUUUGGAAAUCAAAUCAAUUUGUCUCCUCAUGGAAGUCAGGUGGAACUAUCUUAUACUCCAUUCAUUUUAUCUCUUGUUUAAGAUUUUGGCACAACCAUUGAGAAAACCAUUUGAUAAUUAAUCAUAAGGGGUAUUUGACUAAAUUACCUAUAUCUCUUUCUCAAAUGGUUAAUUAACUACUAUAUCUGCCUUCUUGGAGUAUUAAGUGUGGAAUUGGAAAAAGAAUUUAACAUUGUUCUUGGUUUCCUAGAACGACAAAUAUAUUGGAACAAUUUUUUUUUUUUUUUGGCUAAAGUGACGAAUAAAAAGCAUCGAAUGGAGUGGUAAAAGUAAGUGUACAAUUUUCUUUUCAUAGAUCGAUAUCUCGUUAAAUAGAUACUCACAAAGAAAAUAUACCCCAAAAGUGGGUUCAACAUUCACAAAACAAAGUACAAGAAAGCCUAUCUUGGAGUUUUUAAACAUUCAUGAAGAAGUUUGCGGUUAGAGAUUCAUCUUCAUCCAGCAAAGAGAUGGAGGAAAAUGUGGUAUUGGUGCAUGGCUGCAGCCUCAAACUCGUCAUGAUAAGUUGGAUACAUGAUCAUGGAAGUGUCUUGGAUGCACUGUCCUUGAGCAUAAGAUGUAAAACUUUGUCUAUGCUGUCCUGAAUGUGCUGGAGAUAUGAGGUGAAACUGGCCAAUGCUAGUUGGAAAAGGACGCAAGUUUCUAAACCACACUGGAGUGCUGCUUACAUCCAAUAAAGAAAAGCAAUAGAAGUAAUCAAAUGAUAUGCCAAACUCCAAGAAUAGCUCUGGAUGGAUUUAGUUAUGACCCUUCUUUGGCAGAAGUAAUUCUUUCUUGUAAAGAACUUAUUUCGGUACUCAGGGUCGGUCGAUAACCCACGACGGAAGGAAUAUAUUGGACUAGACUCCUUAUGUAGAUGUAGUGGAUAAGCUCUAUGUGUUGGGAUAGGCGUUCGGAUUGGAACAACUAUUUUAAGAGUGUGCUGAAUCCAACCAUUGCACGUUGCCCCUUUGGCUAAAUCACCACUUCAGGCUAACCCUUUUGCCUGGCUCGCACUUACUCAAGUUAGAGUUUUGCACAUGUCCGCUUGUGUAGUUGCUGUGUAUGAUUCAAUGUUUCCCUCUUUUGAAGGGUCUAAUCUCAAGGCCCAGACUUAACCAUUUUGAGCUCUGGGUAAUAAGAUCAGAAGAUCGACUCAAAACACAUUAAGCAUCUGCAGAGAAAGGGUGAUGACUAUAUGUAUUAUGUGAUGACUUCUAAUUGUCACGAAUCAAUUUUCUUCUUGUAUAUAUUAGGAUAGAAUGAGAACAAGUAACUCUUUCCUUGAUGAAAUCAAGGUUAAUGUUCAGUUUAUUUUGGCCAACUUUAUUGGCAUUGGGACUUCAUUGAGUUAAUUGUUAAAUAUUCCAAGUGUACAAGUUGGGACU